AUGUUUCUCCCUCAGAGCAAUGCAGCCUCACCACUCCUCCUCCCCUACAUUAUCCCCUUCUCUAUCAUCCUCCUAAUUUCUUUUCCCAUUAUAACCUUGCUCCGCAUCCGCUACCGCCGCGGCCUCCGCGAAAUCCCAGGCCCAUUCUUCGCCAGUAUCCUGCCCUUUGACCGCAUGCUCAGUACGUACUCAGGACACCAGUUCCAACGCCAUCUUGACUACCAUGCAAGGUAUGGGAAGCUGGUCCGCGUCGGGCCUAAUCAUGUGAGUUUGGGGGACUCGGAGCAGAUUUCGAAUGUGUAUAACAUUACCAGCAAAUUUGGUAAAAGCAACUUCUACACCCUUUUCCAUGCCAAAUCGCCCGUCGGGCCCAUACCCACAGUCUUUUCCAUUGUCGACCCCAUCGGACAUAGGAACUUAAAAAGACCCGUUGGCGCUGCAUUUGCGCUGAGUUCUUUGCUCGACUUUGAACCCCUGGCCGAUGACUGUACACGGAUAUUGGAGGGGAAGCUCGACGCCUUACAAGGCAACGAUAUCGAUUUUGGCACAUGGUUGCAUUGGUACGCAUUCGAUGUGAUCAGUAGCAUCACAUUUUCAAAUCGGCUGGGGUUCAUGGAAAGGGAGGAAGACGUGAACGGGAUCAUCGCAGCAAUUGAAGGUCGAUUGUUUUACAAUUCAAUCAUCGGCCAGGUCCCGGGCAUGCACAAGUGGCUUCUGGGGAACAAUACCGUCUCGAAAUUGGCUGACAUGGUGCCCGCGAUCAGGAGAUUGAACUCAGCGGCAUAUAUUGUCCAGUUUGCUGCGAGACAGAUGGAAAUGAGGCAGAACGCCAAGACGGAGCAUAGCAGGUCGGACAUGCUUGACAAAUUCAAGAUGACCAGAGAUGGAGAGGAAGUCGUGAGCGCGAAGGAGCUGUUGGGCCAUGCCAGUUCGAACGUAUUCGCUGGUUCUGAUACGACAGCCAUCUCCCUCAGGGCGCUGUUCUAUCACCUCUGCAAGAAUCCCCACGCGUACAAGAAAUGCGUGGACGAGAUUCUCAAUUUUAAUACUCGCGGCGAGUUGUUCGACUACGUUACGUACUAUGAAGCGCAGCGAAUGCCAUAUUUUCAAGCGUGCAUGAGAGAAGCGCUUCGCAUGCACCCGGCCGUGGGACAGUUACUUGAGCGGGUGGUGCCAGAAGGCGGAGUUACCAUUGAUGGCAUCUUUCUGCCGGCGGGGACGAUUGUGGGGAUGAAUCCCUGGGUGGCCGCAAGAGAUAGAGCAGUUUAUGGACACGACGCCGAGGUCUUCCGGCCGGAAAGGUGGAUCGAAGCUGACGAGAAGACGCUGAAGCUGAUGGACCGGAACUGGCUUGCUUUCGGAGCAGGCUCACGAACAUGUCUAGGCAAGAACAUCUCGCUGAUGGAGAUGUCGAAGCUGGUGCCGCAGCUGCUGCGUCGGUAUCACGUCCAACUCGCGGAUCCGAAAGCCGAAUGGGAGUUGUUUGAUUAUUGGUUCGUCAAGCAGGAGGGACUCAGAUGUAUUUUGACACGAAGGGAUGGGGAGAAAUAG